UUGACUGAAUUCAGAGGAUGGCUAUUACUGCAUGUGAUGAGUGGCUGGAUUUCUCAGAGCACAGAAGGAGAGAUGCCGGUUGUGGUGGAGGGGCUGAGGAGGACUGUGAGGAGGGAGAAGGAGGAAAAGGAGGGGUGAGAGGAGAACAGAAUACGUUGCCUGUGCACAACUGGAUGCAGCCGGGAGUGCAGCAGCGCCUGUGGGAGGCAAGAAAAAGAACCUGCCUGGAAUGGAGGAGAGCGAUGCAGCACAGUUGCUGUUGUCAGGACUCCCUCCACCUUUCAUCUGCCGCCACGCUGGAUUCUGUGUUAAUGAGAAAGAGUCGGAGCAGAGCAGGAGAGGCGACCACUUUCCAUGUACUGCUGCUGAUGCUGCUUCCAUCUCUGUGCUGGUACCACCUGUGUCACUCUUUUCAGGUUCCAAAUCUCUCUUCCUAUGCAAAAGCAGAGGACAAACUGUUCAAAUACCUCUUUCAAAACUACCAGAAAUGGGUUCGUCCAGUGGAGUACCUAAACCAGACUAUCAGUGUGAAGUUUGGGUUGGCCAUCUCCCAGCUGGUUGAUGUGGAUGAGAAAAACCAGUUAAUGACAACUAAUGUUUGGAUAAAACAGGAAUGGGUUGAUAUGAAAUUGAGAUGGAGCCCUGAAGACUUUCUGGGCAUCACAGCCAUUCGUGUUCCCUCAGACAGGAUCUGGCUUCCUGAUGUUGUACUUUAUGACAAUUCAGAUGGACGAUUUGAGGGAACUAUCACUAAGGCUGUCGUAAAGUAUGACGGAACCAUUUCAUGGAAUCCACCAGCCAACUACAAGUCCGCCUGCACCAUUGAUGUCACCUUCUUCCCAUUUGACCUCCAGAACUGUUCAAUGAAGUUUGGAUCCUGGACCUAUGACGGCUCACAAGUGGACGUCCUUCUGGAAGAUUUCCAUGUGGACAAGCAGGAUUAUUUUGACAAUGGGGAAUGGGAGAUAGUGAAAGCAACAGGCAGCCGUGGUCUCAGAACUGAUGGCAGCAGAUCCUAUCCCACCAUCACCUAUUUCUUCAUUAUCCGCAGACUGCCUCUUUUCUACACUCUCUUCCUCAUCAUCCCUUGCAUUGGCCUGUCCUUUCUCACCAUCCUUGUCUUCUAUCUGCCCUCAAACGGAGGUGAAAAGAUCUCUCUCUGCACCUCGGUGCUGGUGUCGCUCACAGUCUUCCUCUUGGUCAUUGAAGAGAUCAUCCCUUCCUCUUCCAAGGCAAUCCCUCUUAUUGGGGAAUACCUGGUCUUUACCAUGAUCUUUGUCACACUCUCAAUAGUCAUCACCGUCUUUGCCAUCAACAUCCACCAUCGCUCCUCAUCGACACAUAAUUGCAUGGCACCGUGGGUGAGAAGGAUUUUCCUACAUCGGCUACCUAAGCUGCUAUGCAUGCGCAGCCAUGUGGAUCGCUACGCUGCAGCCAGAGUGCCUGAAUCAGAAGGAAAUGUUGGAUUAGGGAAGAUGACAAACCCAACCCCUGAGCUCACGCCACUUCUCUACACCCAGCACAACCUCCAAGCAGCUUUGGAAUCUAUUCGCUACAUCACCAUGCAUGUAGUUAAAGAAAACCAGGUUAGAGAGGUGGUGCGAGACUGGAAGUUUGCCGCUCAGGUCCUGGAUCGAAUGUUUCUGUGGGCCUUCCUUCUGGUGGCAGUUCUUGGAUCUGCUCUCCUCUUCAUCCCAGUCAUUCACAAAUGGGCCAGCAUCAUCGUCCCUACUCAUCCCGGCAGUACUCUCUAGAAACGUCUUUAAUCACAACGGGAGAUGAAAGAAAAGCACAUUAACUGCUCUUCAGACCAUCUGAGACAUUUGAAUGACAGUGCAGACUAUUCACGACAUUCCUUUGCAUUCGAUUUCUGAUAUUCUAUUGUGCCAGAAAUAAUGCUGCAACUCUGAACACAGUUAUUGCUGACAUGUAUACAUGUGCAUUUUAUAGUAUUAUUCUAAGCUUGUUUCUAAAGAGCAGCUGGACAGGAAAAGCAACACAAGAAAAAGUAGAUACAUAUUUAUGUAGUUUAAAUCAUGACAACUGCCGUAGCAAUGGACAGAACGACAUAAUCCAGGAAGAACAUAUCCUUUGAGUAAAAGCAUGUCAUUAAUAUGACAUUCUUUUUGUUUCAUUUUGUUCUAUUUUGCACUUUUCUUAAUGCGUAGAUCUACAGAAUAUUUUGCAUCAGUACACUUGCAAUUCUGGUGCAUAAUUUCAGCAGUAAAACUCUCCUUUUCUUUUUAUCAUAAGCUUUCUAAUGAGAGGCAUUCUGGAAAACAUUUUCUGAGCUAAACAUAAGAGCUUGUUUGCUGACUCCUUGCAGAUUUUCUUGUCAGGACUUGAAGUUAGCCUGCAAUCUGCUUCCUUUCAGAGCAAACAUCUUGAAUUCCUUCUAAAGGUGGGUCACAUUUUUCAGUAACAACAAAGUUCAGGCAUGGUUUUGGACUCUGGGGUGCCCAACCUCAGUCCUGGAGAGCUACUAUCCUGUAACUCGUUUGUUACAGCAACAUGCCUGGGUGACUUGAAUGUUUUGCUAAAGGCCUCUGCAGAGCUGAAGGACUUAUGAGGGAAUUCAGUCAUUUGAGUUUUAGCUUAGCAUAUAGAACAAAUGUUCUGUUAACUGGAAUCUACUUACAGACUAACAGUCUUUCUUGUCAGUAUUUAAAAUUCCCAGCUCUCCUUUCAACCAGAGGACAAACUCUGCAUUCUUUGAACAAGCUGUAAAAGAGCGAUAUUAACAGCAUACCAAUUGUAUGUCAAGAAAUUAGGUGAAAAGACAACUAAUUUAUCACACCAAACUGUGUCACAACAGCUUUAUUACAGGCGCAUAGGCAAGAUCAAAUUCUGCAGCACAAAUAUUUGGUCACAAUGCCAAGAAGACCCAUAGGCUUUUUACUGGAGCAUUCAUUGCCUCCAAGUGACCACACACCUAUAAAAUAUAAUGUUCUCUUGUAUAAGGUCACAAGAGAACAAAAUGCCUUACACAGCAUUUUCCUCAGAAAAAUGAGACAAUUUUCCAAAACAGAAAAUGUUGAUAAAUUAAAACUACAAAAUCAGAAGGUCAUCAAGACAGAAGGGGUGAAGACAAGAGUUGUUCAGCUACUCUGUAGAGGAAGCUCAUUAAGCUGCUUACAUCCAGAAUCCUGUUCUUCUGCUUAUGAUUUACUGUAUAUCUAAUGAUUGUAGAUGAAGGUCAGAACACAUGAGACUAUGGCGUCGGGAUCACUGGAGCUGACUCUUAGUCUGGCCAGUUCCUACUCAACUGUGUACUGCAUACUGAAAAUAAUUUGCUAUAUUAAAUAAAUAAAUAUAUAUACAAAUGUA